UCGAUCCCCUCAAAUCCUCUUCAUUUUUAUUUUUUUAUUUUUUUUAACCAUUAUUUUCCCCUUCUUUCUUUCAUAUCAUAUUCAUAUCACAGCUCUCUCUUUAUCUUUCAAUUUCCCCAUUGUUUUAUCAGAGAUUCCAAGCAAUCUUCAAGCUAUGCUUUCACUCACAGAGCAGCCGCCUCAGCAAUCCCACCAAAGACGACUCGACGAUGACUGCUUCGAUCGAGUUCCGGACUCGCUGGUUCUCCUCAUCUUCAACAACAUCUCCGACAUCAAAACCCUUCUCCGAUGCCGAGCCGUUUCGAGACGAUUCAACUCGCUCGUCCCUCAAACCGAUACCCUACUUCUCAAGGUUGACCGGGUCGUAUCCGCCUCCUCCGAUUCCGACGACGACGACCCCUUCUUCCUCACCUUCUUCAGAUCCAUCUUCAAGUCACUUCACGAUCUCGUUUCCCCCAAACCCCUUCCCGAACCGACCCGAUCCCAGAAUUCCCCGACCCAGAUUCUCCGCGGGUUCGAGGGGAUCCGGGAGCUGGACAUCGAGCUUCCCUCCGGCGAUCUGAGGUUGGAGAAGGGGGCAGUGAUCAGGUGGAGGGCGGAGUUCGGGAAGACCCUGAGGAGCUGCGUUAUUCUCGGGUUCCGUCGCGGAGGUGGUAGGGAGGUGGAUUUGGGGGGAGGAGGAGGAGGGUUGAAGAUGAGGGUGGUGUGGACGAUAAGCGCGUUGAUAGCGGCGUCGGCGAGGCACUAUAUGAUGAAGGAGGUGGUGAAAGAGCAUGGGGAGAUGGAGAGGUUGGUGGCGAGGGAUAGAGAAGAGGAAGGGACGGUGGUGAUGGAGAAAGAGGGGUUGAGGGAGUGUAGAGACAAGUGCGAGGAAGAAGAGGAGGAAGGACAAGUAUGCAGGAAUGGGAAUGGGAAUGGAGUGUGGUGGAGGAAUAACAGGACGACGGUGCCGGCGGUGAGAAUGAGGAUGAGGCACGAGCAGAGGCUUGAGCUUUCCGGCGGUGUUUUGAUGGAAGGAGCUACGCUUGUGGUGGUGAGGCCUGCAACAACAGCAACCCGUGAAGCGGAAACGGAGGCGGAUGAGCAGAGUGGUAACGCCUGUUUGGCUAAUGGAGCAUUUGAAGGAGUUUAUGGGGAGGCUGUGGAGAAGCUGCUCAAGAGCCCUAGUUACCUCCUCGAAAUGAACUCAUUCUAGUCAGCGCUCGAACUGAACUCACUCGGUGGCGGUGGCCGUGGUGGUGGUUCAAUAUUUACUGAGAAUGUUGAUGAUUUUCCAUAGCUGUUUAUUUUUUGUUGUUCUUCUUCUUGUUUAUUUUCUUGUUCUGAUUAGCAAAAACACAAAAUGUAACAUUUGUAUAUAUAAAUAUAAUCUUUGCUUCGUUUUGAGUAAAA